AGUUUCUGAGUCAUUUCCAGGAAGGGAAACACCCAGUGACUAAAAACUGAGAAAGUGAAACUUAACUCGGGUCUUUGGUGAGGGAGCCAUGGCUGCUGCAGGGGGUCACAUGCAGCGUCUCCGAGAUGAAGCCACUUGCUCCAUCUGCCUGGAUUACUUCAAGGAUCCAGUGAUCAUUUCAGAGUGUGGCCACAACUUCUGCCGAUCCUGCCUGAUCCACUGCUGGGGGGAAUCGGAGGCAGAGGCUUCCUGCCCUCAGUGCAGAGAGAGAGUCGAGAGAAGGAGCCUCAUCCCCAACCGGCAUUUGGCAAACGUCUUAGAAUUAAUCGAGAAUCUCAACUUUCAAGGUGGGAAAGAAGAAGAAAGAAAAGGAGGAGUCUGCGAGGAGCACCAGGAGCCCCUGAAGCUCUUCUGCAAAGUCCACGAAGCCCCCAUCUGCGUGGUGUGUGACAGAUCAAAGGAACAUGAAAAUCACAAGGUGAUUCCUCUGAAGGAGGCUUUCGAGGAAUACAAGGGAGAGAUCUGUCACCACCUGAAGAUUCUGAGGAAAGAGAGAGAGGAAAUUUUGGCCUAUCAAGCAGACCUGGACAAGGAAAGCAAAGACCUCCUGAAAUUAACAGAAAUGGAGAGGCUGAAGACUGUGGAGAAGUUCAAAGUACUGCGCCAAUUCCUGGAAGAAGAAGAAAAGCGUCUGCUGACUCAUGUGGAAGAGGUGGAGAAGGAGAUUGCAGAGAAAAGGGAUGAGCAGCUGGCCAGACUCUCCAGGAAACUCUCCUCCCUUGAGAGGAUCAUCCAGGAGAUGGAGGAGAAGCGUCACCAGGCAGCGAGUGAACUCCUGCAGGAUGUGAGAAGCACCUUGCAGAGAUAUGAGAAAAGAGAGAGUCCAGAGAAGCCACUUGCUUUCCCUCGAGAGCUAAGGAACAGGAUCUUGGAAUCCUGUGUUCUAAAUCACCUUGUAGAAGAUGCAAUGAAACAAUUGAAGGAUGCUGUGUUAUACAGAAAACAGAUUCAAAAGGCAAAUGUGACUCUGGAUCCAGACACAGCCCAUCCGCAACUCAUUCUGUCCAAGAAUAGGAAAAUAGUGAGAUUGGGAAACGAAAAGCAAGUCCUGCCCAACAAUCCUGAGAGAUUCAGCUACUGGUUUUGUGUGUUGGGACGUGAGAGAUUCACAGCAGGCAGACAUUUCUGGGAAGUCACUGUGGGAAGUGGGAAAUUGUGGGCUGUGGGGGUUGCCAGGAAAUCUGUGAGGAGAAAGGGCCACUUCCCCUUAAGGCCUGAGGAGGGUGUGUGGGCUUUGGAGAAGUGUGAAGGCAAGUACUUCCCUGAUGACUCUCCUCUGUCCCUGAAUGAGGAGCCCAGGAGGAUCCGGGUGACUCUGGACUAUGAAGGGGGAUGUGUGUCUUUUUCUGACGCUGACUCAGGAGCCGAACUCUACACGUUCUCAGGAGCCUCGUUCUCUGGAGAGACCCUCCUCCCUUUCUUUUUUCAGUCCGAAAAAAAAACCCACCUCAGUAUCUCCUGAGGAGACUAAAUCUGCCUCUCAGGCCCAGCAGGAGUUUCUCUCCAGACCAGAGUGACUGAUAUAAAAAACAUUUACCUGCCAAGAGCAUGUUGGGCAGUUUUUCAAGGGGACCUUUGAGAGGAUUCAUUCCAGUCAAAAUCAGCAGAAAUAACAAAAAAAAAAUGGAUUUGCUCUUGCUUUGCAUGUCCCUUUUCCCAGAAUUCCCUCUGCAGCUUACUUCUUAAAGAGACAGUCACACUUUUAGGAAUCCUAAUAAAUUUCCUCACCUUCAAUCUUGUUUUCCUUUUGAGAUGUCUGAUUUGGCAGAGCACGAGACGUAAUCCCAGGGUUGUGGGUUUGAGCCCCAUGUUCAGCAAAUGUUUCCUGCACUGCGGGGGGUGGGACUAGAUGACCCUCAGGACGCCUCGCAACUCUGCAAUUCUAGGUAACUUUCCUCUCCCCACAAGACCUUAUGCAGCUAUAAAAAACGCAUGCAUCAUUGGAUUAACAGAGGACUAAAAAAUGAACCCCUUCACCCACGUCAGGCAGGAUAGCUCCUUGCUCUGGAAACCUUAGAUAGGAAGAAAAUGUAAAAGAAAGUGCUUGUGUAUGUAUGUAUGCCUUGAUGGACUCCGUAUGUGUUAAAUCGUCAACAGUGCCAUUCAGCCUCAAUUCUUCGGCAAUCAGCCUUCUUUAUGGUCCAGCUCUCACUUCCAUACAUCACUACUGGGAAAACCAUGGCUUUAACUAUACGGACCUUUGUCGGCAAGGUGAUGUCUCUGCUUUUUAAGAUGCUGUCUAGGUUUGUCCCCCUUCAUAGAUCAAUGCCUUGUUGUGGCGAAGGGGCUUGAAUAACUCAGAGAAGCUAUGAGCUAUGCUGUGCAGGGCCCCCCAAGAUGGACAGGUCAUAGUGGAGAGUUUUGACUAAAUGGUUUUCCCACUAGUGAUGUAUGGAAGUGAGAGCUGGACCAUAAAGAAGGCUGAUCACUGAAGAAUUGAUGCUUUUGAAUUAUGGUGCUGGAGGAGCCUCUUGAGAGUGCCAUGGACUGCAAGAAGAUCAAACCUAUCCAUUGUGAAGGAAAUCAGCCCUGAGUGCUCACUGGAAGGACAGAUCCUGAAGCUGAGGCUCCAAUACUUUGGCCACCUCAUGA